CACUUGGCAUAAUGCAAUGGAUACUGUAUGAUAUAGUGCAGGGACUCUUCUGCUGAUGAUAAAAUACAGGGGCUUGAAGCUGUUUAUGAUACAAUAUAUACAGUAUUGAUGACAAUUAGAGAUGUUGAGAAUUUGACUCCGUCUCUUCAAAGUCCCGAGGUAUAGUGAGAGUUGCCCAGUGUACAUCCACUGCCAUGACACGACCACCUCCAGGAAAGAUGUUCUCCCUCCAGGCCUCACUGCCCCACCUCCCAGUGCCACCUCUAGAUCAGACCCUCAACAAGUACCUCAAGUCUGUCAGGCCCCUGCUCACGGAAGAGGAAUUCAAGAACACAGAACAGAUAGUACAGGAAUUUAGCAGAAAUCCAGGACCCAAACUUCAGACACUUUUAGAGCACAGAGCAAGUCAAGAAGAUAACUGGCUAUCAGAAUGGUGGAUGAAGACAGCCUACCUUGAGUUUCGCUCACCUGUGACUGUAAAUGUCAGCCCGGGCAUAGUAUUCCCACGUCAGAGUUACAGAGACAAGGAAGGACAACUCAGAUUUGCAUCGACAUUGAUUGCUGGUAUUUUAGAUUUCAAGCUCAUGAUUGACAAUCAGACUCUACCUGUGGAACGCAUGGGUAAAAACCCCUUGUGUAUGACUCAGUACUACAAGAUAUUGUCUGCCUGUCGCACACCCGGCAAGAAAUGUGAUAGCUGGACCUACUACCCUCCUGACAAACCUAACGCCCCAAAACACAUCAUAGUGGCACACAACAAUCAGUUUUUUGCCUUAGAUGUGUAUAGUGGUGAUGGCCAGCCCUUGUCUGAAGCACAGAUCUACCACCAACUAAAGAGUUUGGUACAGGAGUCUGAACAGGUAGUGCCACCUGUUGGACUCCUCACCACUGAAAACAGGUCCACCUGGGCCAAAGCCUACAGUGAAUUAGCAAAUGAUAAAGACAAUAGUGUCAGCCUGGACAGGAUCAAACACAGUAUCUGUUUAGUGUGUCUGGACAGCAACCUGCCACAGGACAUGAGUGAUGAGCGAAGUGUGGCUGCACGACAAAUGUUACAUGGUGGAGGUGAUCGUCUAAACUCAGGCAAUAGGUGGUUUGACAAAACACUACAGUUUGUGGUUGGGAGGGACGGUAUCUGUGGAUUAACAUACGAGCACACAUCAGCAGAAGGGCCUCCCGUUGUCAUGUUGCUUGAUCAUGUUGUAAAAUAUUGUUCUGAAAAUAAAUCAUCUGGAUCCGAGUCCCCAGCCCCAACAAGUCCCAACAAGCUGAAAUUUAACCUUAGUACAAACAUCAAAGACAUGAUUGCCACAGCCCGGACACAGCUGGAUGUGCUGGUGGACGAUGUUGAUCUCAAUGUGUUCGUGUUCAAAGAUUAUGGUAAGGACUUUCCUAAGUCACAGAAGAUGAGUCCUGACAGUUUUCUUCAGAAUGCUAUACAGCUUUCAUACUACAGAAUACACAACGAGCCAGCACCUCACUACGAGACUGGUACACUGCGCAUGUUCCACCUGGGGAGGACAGACACUAUCCGCUCAUGUUCUGAAGCCUCUCUAGAAUUCUGUAAAGCUUUUGUGGAUGACAAUACACCCAAGGAGCGCAAAGCAGAGUUACUCAGGAAAGCUGUGCAGGCACACAAAAGCUACACCAAUGAGGUGAUACAAGGUAAAGGGAUUGAUCGUCAUCUCAUGGGGCUAAAACUGGCCGCAAUAAAGAACGGCAUGAAUGUACCAGACCUCCACAUGGACAUGGCUUAUAACCUCAGUACGCACUUCAGAAUGUCCACGAGCCAGGUUCCAGCACACUCGGACUCAGUACUGGUAUUUGGCCCUGUUGUCCCAGAUGGCUAUGGUGUGUGUUAUAAUCCACAGGAAACACAGGUACACUUCGGAGUAUCUGCCUUCAAUAUAACUCCAGAAACUAACUCCAAGAACUACAUAAAUAUGUUGAGAAAGACACUACUGGAGAUGAGAGACUUAUUCCAGGGCUCUAUGCAGUCCAAGCUUUAACGUAUUCAGUCUCUGCCUAUCAUAAAUUGCUGCUGAAUCAGAGUGAAAAUUAUUUGCAAUUUUUGUGCACGAAGCCACCUGAGCUGUAUAUACAGUGAUUAACUGUGAGUUAAACCAGCCCGUUAGUUUGUAAAGUUUAAAUCAGUUGUUGUGUUUUAGCUUCACCCUACCCAAAGGGUAAAUGGAAUUAUGUCCUGGUGCUACGUCCAAUGUCUGUCCAUCCUCCAGUGGAAACCUUCUCUUUAAACACAUUUACCAAUUAAAAUGCUUAAAUUACGAUACAGGACCAACAAUAUGGCUGAAAUAUGGGCCAUAUACUUUGUUCACCUGAAUGACCUUCACCCACUUUCAAGGUUAGAUGGGUCAGAUGUGCUGACAUUCAACAAUAUCUUCUGGAUAAUCAAUAAAUGCUCAAGGUAAUAGUUGAGUAGUAACAUAUACUGGAAUAAGUGGUAACAAGUUUUGGACUCACAUGAACAAUCUAUAAAUCAGUGAAAGUCACAUAAAUAUAUUGUUCAUGAUAAAAUUCAUGACAGAGUCUAAAUGGUAACAGGUGAGCAAUGACCCUAUAUAUUGACCUUUGGUUUUUACAGUGUUUGAGUGAUAUUGUAGAAAAACUUUUGACUUUCUAAAAUCAUUCCCAUAGAAAUAUCUCAAUUGUGUGUCUGGAUUGAAGUAAAGAUAUAUAGUCCCUAACAUUGAGAUUAUUAUCAGACUAUGUAACACUUACAGCAUUCAUGAAAAUAUAUCAGUAAUUUAUUCCCUAUGAUAAUUUGACGUUUAAGUGAUUCAUUGUUUGUUGGUCAUAACAGUCUGAAAAUCUUGAAACGUGCAUGUGAACUGUUAAGUGUAUACAAGGAUAGGUGAAGUCAUAUCUACCAGAUAGGCAUGGACAAGUUGAAAGCUCUUUAAACAGUGCACUCUACCUUAAAUUAAACAUUCAUUCAUGUACUUUACCUGGAUGUCACAUGACAAGAAUACUGGGUAUAUGUAUUAAGUGUCCUUUUUAACAUUAAACAAGAUUCAUUUGGAAGUUUUCUGAAGUUUUAAACAUAAUGCCUAGUAUAGAACAAGGUUGUAAAGUUCUUGAGAAUGUAUACAUAAAAGUAAUUUAGUCUACACAAAAUGUCUGUACUUCCAAGUAAGAGGGUUCCUAGCUGAAAUUAGACUGGACAACAAAACAACUUGUAUCCUGAUAUAUCAUACCCCCAUUAUAUAAGAGGUGACUGGACAGGGAGAUGUCUACAUUACCCAUAUCCCCUCCCAUUUAAUCUUACAAGUGAAAUACAACAAAACUAUUUUCCAGUUUAAUAGGAGUUGGGAAUCUGUAUCAUGGAAUCUCGGACUAUGAAUGGUGCAAGUACCUAAAGGUACAAAAUUUAAACCUAGUCUAGUGUUAAUGCUUCUAAAUCAUUUCAGCAUAAUUCGUGUUAAUGAAAUCUGAUUGAAAUCGCAUUAAUAUUUCUUAAUAUGUGUUCAUCCACUGUCUUCAAUGCUUGCACUUGUAAAUAGAAUUGAAAUAAAAAAAAAAGGUGUAUAAAUGAUACAAGAUGUGUGACCUUGUAUCAAACAUUGGUGAUGAAAACAUUACUUAAAUGUUUCUAGUUCAAUUUCUCAAACUCUGUAUGAGUUAUCAUGGUCGAAGUUUGAAGAGAGAUAAUAUUGGAUUGUCAUAGUCGAUGUUUAAUGGCAUAUUCUGCAGCUAUGAUAAAAUAUAUAUACUGUUUUAAUAUGCUGAUAGGCUAUAUAAGGGUCGGCCUUCACAUUGUGGUCUACAAUAUAUGUAAACCCCUGCCUGCUCUGUAGUUACACUCCCUCUAGAUCUGCCAAUAUCAUUUUAGUGCUGCCUUGACCCCUCAACUGGAAUAGCAUUAAGGUGUGUUCUGGUACAAAAACAACAUACUUGUGAUGAUGAGAGAUUUGAUAUUUUUUAUCAAACUCAUAUUUGUACCACUGACUUAAGCUUGUAUAAGACAUAAAUCCAUGGCUGUACUAGAUAUGAAACAUUUCAUUUUUUAUGGAUAAUGUAAGCACCCUUUAAUUUCUGAUUACAAAAUGUAUUCACUGACAGUUACAUGUUGUUAUAUACUGGAGCAGGAUGAUCAUAUGACUGUGGUGGUUGUAUACUUAAGUGGGUUGAUUACGAUGCUCAUAAUGGUGCUGGCUGUGCCCCAAAAAUGCAUUUUAACCUGGAUGUUUCAGUUAUUUGUUGCUAUUUAUUAAUUGUUAUGAUUUAUAUUGUAUAACAUGGUGUUAAUGAGGAAUGCUUCAAUGGAUCAAAAUGAUCUUUUCUAUAAACACUUUAUAGUUUUACAAAAUUUAUAUACAUGUAAUUAUACUUUCAUAAACAUAUAAUUUCUCAAUGAAUGAGACACUAUUAAAUGACGUAUUUGUUUUUACCACAAGAGUAACACUGCAGAUAUCAUCUAUAACAUACUCUGUAAUUAAUGAUACUCUGUAUUAAACGUAUCAUCAGUAGGAAACCUUUUCCCUUGUUAAAAAUAACAACUAGCAUAUACUUACAUUUCAAAUGUUCUUCUGGUCAUUAGGGCCCUGUGCAUUAUUGAAUAGCCUGGUUACCUUAAUGACAUAUAUUAAGUGUGAUAAUAUAUGGUAAUCAGAAGUAUAUAUACAAUGUCAUAAGCCGGUCCGUUUCACCAAUGUUUCUUUGCGAACACAAAUUGUCGUUUCCUUCAUCAAAGACCUACAUGUAAGGAUGUUUUCGAUGAGGGAUCUUGGUUGGUGAAGGAAGCAACUCUUUUUAUUCGCUCAGAAGUUACGUACUCUGUAUUGUUUAACAGAUUUUAGUAAUUAUGAUAACCAAUAAUUAUUUGUAAAAAGAGAAUGUGUUUUGAUUGUGUAUGAGAGAGGAAUGUGUUUAUAUUGGAAAAUCGUUGUCCUUACAUAAUGUGUGAAAUCAUCAAUGUUAAGUUAGAAUGUGCUUCAAGCUGCCGUUUAGUAAACGGGCUUGUACUCUUGUACCCUGAUUUUAGUGAAAGGCUGUAGUAUCCAUGCAACUUAGAUUUUAAAUUCAUGGUGUUUGUGAAUGACAACGAACAUCAUUAAGAAUAAGGUAGAAUUUAGCUUAGGAUUUUUUAAAUCUAGAUUUGAUAAUACUUUCAAAUUGAACAACAGUAAAAAUGAAAUUAAUUGGAGCCUAUGAUUGUAUCAUGAAUGGUAGCCUAAAGUUAUGAAUUUGAAAACUUGUAUUUAAAUGCCAUUUCAUUCUGAAAUAAAAGGAUGCGUUUUGACGAAUGACUAGUUGAAAUUGUGAAACAGUUUCAGAUUGAGUUUAAUUGAGUCGCGAACUUAUUAUAUAACUGGUUUGUGUGAGUUAAAAUAAAAAUGAUUUAUACACGGUAAA